AUAAGUUGCCCACAAUCGAAUAGACACGUAUUCGCAGCACGUCUCUUUUUAUUAUUUCUUCUUUCACACUUACCACAAUGGCAACUGAAAAUCAACCUGACACGACAACCCAAAAGCCAAAGUUGAAAUGGACACCACUUGAAGCUAAUCCAGACGUUUGGAACAAGGUCUUCCACGUAAACGGUAUUGACAAGGCAUGGAGUUUCAACGACGUCUAUGGUUUCGAUCCAGAGCUGCUUAGUUUUGUUCCUCGUCCCGUAGCCGCCAUGAUCUUUUUAUACCCGAUUACUGAGGCAGCAGAACAGUUCAGACAUGAAGAAGAGGCGAGACUGACAAAGAAGGAACAGGAUAUCAGCCCCAAUGUCAUGUUUUUCAAGCAAACCAUAUCCAAUGCAUGCGGCAUGAUGGCAUUAAUCCAUGCAUUAGCAAACAACAAAGAGCUUGUCGGUCCUGGAUUGUUCCAUGACAUCAUAAGCAAGGCAAAGCAUCUGACACCGGAUGAGCGCGCCGACUUACUCGAAGGCAAUGAGCUCCUUGCUUCGGUACAUAAACUUGCUGGUGACGACGGCCAAACACGGCCACCACCGCUAGAAGAAAGAAUUGACCUCCAUUUCAUCUGCUUUGUCGAAGUGGAUGACCAUCUGUAUGAAUUGGAUGGUCGAAAGUCGUUCCCCAUCAACCAUGGGCGAUGUACAGAUCUUGUGGAGUGCUCGGCAAAGGUGAUGCGCAAGUUUAUUGAACGUGAUCCUGGACAUGAAAAUUAUAGUGCCAUUGCCUUGUCAAAGUUGGGAUAAACAUAGCAACAUACGCAUUUUUUCAAUACAACUUCAGCUGUUACGCGUUUCGUCAACGUUACUUAAACUUUGCACAUUCCGUUACUGUAAUUAAUAAGCUCAUCCAGAAAAGCAUGCAGCGACAGUUGCUUUGCAACGACGAAAGCGAAUUGCUUCAAGAGGAAGAAAAUUGCGACGAGCUUCUUGACGUUUACGUUGGCAUCAGCAGCCAU